AUGGCCGACGCAUCGAGCCGCGCCUCGUUCAGUGACACGUGGGCGUCGAAGCUGUACCGCGCUACCGACCUCGACGACUCGAACGCAGUCGAGGUGGAUGAGAUCCUGCUGCUCGGCCAGGCGCUGGGCUACUACUGGGGCUCGUGGGAGCCGUCGGCGGUGCUUGAGCUGCUAGGGCAGGACGCAAGCACGCCGGCCCUGAGCACGCUGUCGCACGAAGAGUUCGUGCGCUUCAUCAGCCUCGCGUGCGACGAGGCUGAGGUGCCGCCCGAGCGGGACGCAAAGGUUGAGAGCCUCGUGGAGGCCGGCGAGCGGCGGAGGCAGCUGCUUGACCCGUUCAGCGAGACGCGCAUCGAGGCUGCCUUCGAUGCCAUCGACCUCGACGACUCGGGCGCCAUCGACAUGGACGAGCUCCUGCACUUCGCGCGCGCGUCCGGCCUCGACUGGGACGCCGAGGCGUGCGCGAGGCUGCUCGGCAAGAUGGGCACAGACGAGAGCAUCUCGCGCGACGACUUUCGCAACUUCUUCAAGACAGUCGGGCUGCACGGCGCGCCCGAGGCCGUCGCCGCCUUCAUCGCCGUCGGCUCCGGGGUCAAGAGCCGCCUCUCGCGCCAGUGCUCCGGAGAGGUGGUGCCGGGCUCGCCGCAGCAGGUGAUGAGUAAGGGCGGCGGAGGGUUCGUGGGGCUGUGA